GGCGGAAGUGUGUGAGUUUCGUGGUGGAAAAAAGUUCUCAUAGUUCUUCUCAUGCCAGUGUAAAAAAGUCACGUUUCAGUCGUUUCUCGACCUUCAUAAGAUUGUGUUGAAGCCGUUUGAAGACAUCGAAGGAACCAGUACCUCUAAAGGAUGGGGAGUGAACCAGGCCCAGUUCAGAUCGUCACAGUGUGUAAGGAGGACCACUCCUUCGCUUUGAACACAGAGGCGUUGGCUCGAGUUCUGCUGGCUCCCGAGGUCCGAGACAAACAUGUGGUAGUGCUGUCAGUGGCCGGAGCCUUCAGGAAGGGCAAGAGCUUCCUGCUUGAUUUCAUGCUCCGUUACAUGUACAGAAAGGGUGAUGAAAACUGGUUGGGACAGGAUGAUGAGCCACUUACUGGAUUUUCUUGGAGAGGGGGCUCAGAACCAGAGACAACAGGCAUCCAGUUGUGGAGCGAAGUUUUCCCCGUCCGGAAGAGCGAUGGAACAGAGGUGGCAGUAGUGCUGAUGGACACUCAGGGAGCCUUUGAUAACCAGUCAACCGUGAAGGACUGUGCCACCAUCUUUGCCCUCAGCACAAUGACCAGCUCAAUACAGAUCUACAAUCUGUCGCAGAACAUACAAGAGGACGAUCUGCAGCAGCUACAGCUGUUCACAGAGUAUGGCCGUCUUGCCAUGGAUGAGAUCUUUCUGAAGCCCUUUCAGUCUUUGAUGUUCCUAAUAAGGGACUGGAGCUUCCCUUAUGAAUAUACCUACGGGUUUAAAGGAGGCAAUCAAUUCCUGGAUAAACGGUUACAGGUCAAGGAGGCCCAACAUGAGGAGCUGCAAACAGUGAGGGAGCACAUCCAUUCGUGCUUCACCAAAAUUUCCUGCUUCUUGUUACCUCAUCCUGGGUUAAAAGUUGCCACCAGCCCUGGUUUUCAGGGACAACUUAGAGACGUGGCCCCAGAGUUCAGAGAGCAGCUGCAGAGCCUGAUUCCCAAACUGCUGCAUCCAGAUUAUCUGGCUGAGAAAGAAAUAAAUGGAAACAAAGUCACUUGCCGGGGCCUGCUUGAGUUUUUCAAGGCUUACAUCAAGAUUUACCAGGGGGAAGAUUUGCCACAGCCAAAAACGAUGCUCAUGGCUACAGCAGAGGCCAAUAACCUAGCAGCUGUGGCAGCAGCCAAAGAUCAGUAUUACAAGAACAUGGAGAAGGUGUGUGGGGGAGACUUGCCCUAUGUGUCCCCUGAAUCUCUGGAGGAAAAGAAUCACUUUUACUCCCGAGAGGCUCUACACACCUUCUCCUCAACGAAGAAGAUGGGCGGACAAGAGUUUUGUGACCGAUACCAAGCACAGCUGGAGAAGGAGCUUGAGGAAAUGUGGCAGUCAUUUAGCAAGCACAAUGAGUCUAAAAAUCUCUUCAGCGCCUUCCGGACGCCUGCAGUGCUGUUUGUCCUGGUGUGCCUCCUCUACGUGCUCUCAGGUGUGUUGCUCUUCGUUGGCCUGUCCACCUUCGCCCUGGUGUGUGACUGCACUCUGGGUGUGGUCAUGAUGUCCAUGCUGACAUGGACCUUCAUCCGCUACUCUGGUCGGUACCGGACUGUAGGAGGAGCCAUCGACCAGGCUGCAGGUGUCGUCCUGGAGCAGGCCACAGUGGUGUUGAACAAGUCGAGAGGCGCAAGCACCGGGGACCAGAAGAAAUCCAGUUAGGAGACCUUUGAACCCCUCAUAAUCUCGAUGCAAUGCAACCAGCGCACAACACAAGCACACAUUCAGCACUAAAGCCUUAUCAUGCCACCCAUUGGAACAAACAUGCAGCUAAACCACUUUGGCACAAGGUAAAAAUAUGAUGCCAAUGCACCAGCAUCUUUAUUAUGUACAUAACCCUGCCUGUGAAAGUCCAGGCGUCAAACCAUCCCAAUCCCUCUUAUUGAUACUACAUGUCUUAAAUUGACACUGCCGUCAUUUGACACGUUUACAAAUGGUCUUAAUAGACAAGACAAUGUUUACCUUUAAGCUUAUAAAACACUUUAAUUUUCUAUUUCAGCUGAAUUUAUCUUACCUGGCCGCAUAUUGUUCAGACAGGCAGUCAGGGUGCUUUUCAAACAAAGCUUCUGCAGUAUAUCUUUAAAUAGUUACCUUUAAAACAUGCUGGCUUUAAAGCUAAUACAUUUAUACAUAUUUCUUUGUGGCUAUAUUUUUUUUACUUUGUGGCCUUAAAAACAUUCCAUUCUCUCUGUCACUUUGCUUUAUAUUUGAUAUAAACUAGCAAUUCCAGACGGGUGAACUGUCAUUACUUUGAAAGGAGAAGAGGAUACGCACUUUCUAUACAGUAGAUUUUGGAAGCUGCAUGUAGUGGGAGUUCAGUUGAAUCUCAUUUGUUUCGAGUGCUUUGCUGUUUAUUCAUAGAAGGAUGUGUUACACUUUAUAGAUUUUGAUACUAUAUACUAGACUCUUCUAGUAAAAUUAUAUAUAGGAACUGAUAUGCUGCAAAAAAUUUCCAACUCCAAAGAAAAGAUGUUAUUGGGAUAUUGGUGUUGAAUAUGACAGAAUGAGCGAGCAGUCAGCCAAAGAGCUAACUUUAAAUAUUUGCAUUAUACUUUGGCCUUGUACUCUUAUCACUUUAAACCUCAGUAAAUAAAAGCUGAAAUAUAAUCUGCAGUGUAAACAGGAGAGCUUUAUUCCUUCGAAAUUUUAAAAAUGGCAGUGACUACAAAGAACUCAGUCAGAAAACAGUGUUAAACAUACACAGAACAAUAACAAGCAGGAUGUUUAAACAGAUACAAAAUACAAGUAAUAAACAAUAGAAACCUAUAGAGAAUGGGCCUGGGUGCCUGUCCCCCUGUGCUGUCUCAGUUUUCAGAAGAUUGCAUCACUUCACCAGAUUCUGAUCAAAUUCAAUGAUUGUGAAAAAUCCUCAAUAUGUAGUCAUGUUAGUAUGUUCGCACCUCAGAAAUGAUUUCUUGACAUAAUGCCUUUAGUUACCAGUUGCAGCUGAUGCUGUGGCUGUGAGAAAGCUGUGUGGUGCCUCACUGUGUUGCACUUUACAGAGCUGACAUCAGUGAUCUGGCUGCAGCUAAAUGGGACAUUUCAACUGUUUCACAUUUACUCAUUCGCGAUAAAGGUCCUAAUGUGCUCUUCAGUGUAACUGCAUAAGAGAACUUUGUCAAUGUAAAACUUCUUUAUUAAUAUGACAAACUGUUCCCUUUUGGCAAAAUAAUCACUAUACAUGGCCAUUAAUACAGCUUGAAACUAUUGCGUGUUUGGGUCAGAGUUUUGCUUCCAGUGACUUCCACGUAGUGGUUGCAUAACGUAAUGAAACCAUAUUACAGCAAAGGAAAAAUAAUUACUUUGGGCUGACUUGCUUCUUAGGUCCUCACUUACUUGCAGCCAUUUAAAUGAUUAGCUGUAUUUUUCAAAAAUAAGUCAUACAGGGAAUUAAAAAGGCGGACUACACACUGUGGAUUUAUUAGGUUUUAGUUUUCCUCUGUGAGGCCAAGCAGGGCUUCUAAGGCCAAGUCAGGCAUUGGAUUAAAGGACUCUGAUUAUUUGCAACCAUGCCCUACAUCUCUGAAUAUGAUGAAAUGCAGAUUCUUUUGGAAAGCAUUAGAUUGAAGAUGUGGAAUGGCAAGCAUUUAGUUUGGUAAAACAGGCCUUUUCAGUGCCACAAGAUUGUCUGACCUGAGAGUGAAAGUAGGCUCCUGUAGUCUGUAAUGGUUUUACAUUGUUCACUUUAACAACUAACCAUGCAUAUACGUAGAUACAAAGAAGAGACACAAAAACCUGAUUAAUGGUGCUUUACUCUCACAGUGAUUUCAUGUUACUGUAGGUAUAGGUCAUAAGAACACAGGGCCAAAAAAAAAAAAAGAUGUGGAAAUAUGGAGGAUGAGUCACUUUCUAAAUCCAUGACUUUUGACUGUCUUUUUGCACAUUCCAUGUGUGUCGCUUUACACAAGAGGAGGAAACAUCAAGAUGUUGUACAAGCACUUCCUAUUGCACUUCCCCUCCUCUUUGGUGCUUUUUUGCACACGGCUCAUUCCAAAAGUGAAUAAAUGCAUGCAAUAUUGUAGUAACAGCUAAUGUAGUCAUCUCCUGCAGGGCUAUGGUGGCCUUGACUCAAGAAGUGCUGUUUUAUAAGGAAUAAACAGAGCUUGAAACGGU